UCGUCCGACUGGAAAAGUCUCUCUCUCUCUCUCUCUCUCUCUAAAAGGGCCUAAUCAAGAAACGAAAAAUGGCCGCCAUUGUUACGCGAAGGUUAAGCUCCAAAUUUCUCAGACCGCUUCCAUCUUCGUCUUCUUCCACAUUUCCCAUCUCCCAAAACCCUAUCGAAACCUUUCCCCACAUCUCUUCUCCACGUUUUAAUCGACGAACAUUUACAAACCCUUCUAUUGGCCUCUUCAAUUCCCGCACAGCUUCUGAAAAUCCCUCCCUCAACACUGCCCGAUCUUGCUGCAGAUCCACCGAUUUCAAUCCCAGCUCCAUUACCAAAGUAAUCGCUCCCAAUUUUACAGCGCCGAUUCAGAGUAAGAGCCCUAAUUUUGAUUUUCGGGUUCGGGGCACAACCGGGUCGGAUACUUGUUCGAUUCCGAUUCCGAGAAACCCUAAUUUGAACUAUCAGAAAUAUGGAUUUUCUUCAACCUCGGAGAACGAGAACGCGCAGAAACCGGCCGAAUUGAUGCACCAAGACAUCGAAGGGCCCACUGUGGAGCGCGAUCUGUCGGCGCUGGCCGGCGAAACCAGAGGAGUUCUCGAAGGGAUGAUGAAGAACGUGUACAGCUUAAGCAAAGCCAUGGCGGUUCUAGGUCUGGUUCAACUCGGGAUCGGGGGUUGGAUUUCGUACGCCACUCGCGGAUCCCCGAUUACAGAGGUUUCGAUCCAGAGCUUCGUGGCGUUCGGGUUUCCUUUCUCGUUGGCGUUCAUUCUGCGGCAGUCACUGAAGCCGAUGCUGUUCUUCAAGAAAAUGGAAGAACAAGGUAGGUUGCAGAUUCUAACUCUGACUCUUCAGAUUGCUAAGAAUUUGAAUGUCCUGUUUGUUCGAGUGCGAAGCGUUUCUUUGUUGUGCAUAACGGGAUUGUCUGUUGGAGUUUUGUUUGCCUUGAUUUCGAGAUGAAUUCGAUUUUUGUUUCGUA